CCACUGUAUAUAUAUUUAAUCAAUUCUGAAUUAAAAUUUUGCCUACGUAUUGAGUUUUAUUCCUAUUUUGUAUUUGUUUGCAGUUUGAUAGAAUGAUAUGUUACUUAUAGAAGUAUAUAAUACAAUUAAUGCAUUAAGGAUCGAUCAGCUUUCCAAGAAGUUAUGAAGGCAAUUAUUAUCACACACUGUAUUAAAAAAAGUUUUAAAUUUUACUCUUCCAAACCACAAAUGAUGUGCUUAAAACUUGGCUUCUGAGCAAUAGAUGCUUUGGACUCAUCUACAGUUGAAAGCUAAAAAGAAUUUAAAAUAUGAUGAAUCCCGAGUUAGCGUUAAAAGAUACAAACAUCGACGGAGGUUGGGCUUGGAUGGUCGUUUUCGCCUCGUUUAUGAUUCAUCUUAUAGCAGAUGGCUUAAUGUACACAUUUGGAAUAUUCUACGUUGAACUUCGGAAAUACUUUAAUGCCACCGAAAUAGCGACAUCUCUUGUCAUGUCUAUUCUUAUGGGAGUAUCAUUCUGCAUCGGUCCUCUUUCAAGUGCCUUAACAAAUAAAUAUGGUUGCCGAGUAGUCAGUAUCCUGGGAACACUAGUAGCUUUCUCUGGUCUUCUACUUAGUCUUCCGGUACCCCAUAUAGCAUAUUUAUAUUUCACGAUAGGUAUUCUAGCCGGAUCUGGUAUUGGAUUGAUGGCAGUGCCUGGUAUUGCUGCAGUUUCCUGUUAUUUCGAAAAGAAGCGUGCAAUUGCGACAGGUUUAGCUGUCUCGGGUACUGGUUUUGGAGGUUUGAUUCUUGCUCCUUUAUUAGAAUGGCUGAUAGACUUUUAUGACUGGAAAGGCGCCAUGUUGAUAUCCGCUGGAUUAAUCCUGAAUUGUGCUGUGUUCAGUUCUUUAUAUCGCCCAUUUUGUGAACCAAAGCAAGAAAUUCUUCCACCAGUGGAAACCAUCACCAUAGAAAGUGAAUUGGCAGCAACGCAAGAAAAUGCAAACGAAAUGACCGCUGAAGAACAUGCCUUGGGCUACAUUCUACAAAGCUCUGCUAAGCACAGUGAAUCCGAUGUCUUUCGUCAAAUAGGAAAUAUUCUUUUUGAUUCCGAGGGUAAUGUUUCAUACGUCGUUUCGAAAGCUUCUUCUAGCGAACCAGGACUUCUGUCACAACCAGAUAUUUUCUACAGAGGUAAUCUUCAAAAGUCUUCUGAAUUGAAGAUUGUCUCUUCACCGGAACCGACUGAAAUACCUGAAGAAGAAAAAAUUUGCCCUAAAGAAAUCACAAAUAUUAUAUUGGAGAUGGUAGACAUAUCCUUGAUGAAAGAUUACACAUUCUUAAUUUUCGCAGUUGGUAAUUUUUUAAUAAGUUUUGGAAUAUAUGCCCCUCUUGUUUACAUGACAAGCCGAGCAAAACAGCUAGGUAUCACAAUGAAGAAGGCCAGUUUGCUCUUAGCUACAAUAGGAUUUUCCAGUACAAUCGGCCGUAUAAUAUUUUGUUGCUUGGCAGAUAUAACAACGGUGAAAAGUCUUUAUAUCUAUAUCGCAUGUUUAUUCUUCAAUGGAAUUUCAACAAUGUUCUGUCCACUGGCGAGCCAGUAUUACCAGUUAGCAAUUUACUGUGUUGUUUUCGGAUUGACUACAGGAUCCUGUGUGAGUCUUACUUCCAUUAUAUUAGUGGAUUUACUGGGUAUGAGUAAGCUAAAUAAUGCCUACGGUCUUAUAUUGCUCAUUGUCGGAAUAGCAACGUCAGUUGGUACGCCAUUUACAGGUUGGAUACAUGACCAGACUGGUAGUUACGACAUUGGUUUCUAUAUUUCUGGAUCAUUAAUAGUGACAAGUAGCUUAAUUCUUCUGUUCAUACCACUUAUUCAAAAGAAAAGUAGCCUCUGAAAAAAGACAGUAACAUUCACAUUUUGCAUAUGUUUGUAAUGCCUAAUAGAGAAUUUUUCGUACAAACUUAACUGACAAAUGGCUUUUUUUCAAGAAUUUUGU